AUGAUAAAGUCCACUGCAGUGGAAAAGCCAGUUGAUCGAGAAAAGACUUGUCCACUACUUUUACGAGUUUUUUGUGCUAAUGGAAGACAUAAUCCAAUAUCAGAUUACAUGAGAGGUGGAGUUCCUGCGAAUGAGCUCCAGAUGUACACGUGGAUGGAUUGCACUCUCCGAGAACUCACAUCCCUUAUCAAAGAGGUAAAUCCUGAUGCUCGCCGUCGUGGAACCACGUUCGAUUUUGCAAUAGUAGCCCCUGAUCGUAUGAACAAUCGUUACACCAUCCGUGACAUUGGUAACACUAUGAACGGUCAAAGAGGCGUUGAUGAUGGAAAAUCGGUAAGACCUUCAUCCUUUUAUUCUCUACAAAUUCCAAAGGUACAAAAUUUGAUUGCAGAGUGUUAUGAGUUUGGUAUAUGAAA